UAUAAUUCACCGCGAAGUUACCGGGAGCCAGGAGAACGUAGCUUAAAGGAGAAUGAGUCGACGUUGGAAAUGUCAUAGACCGUAAAAAGCUUGAGUUCGCACCCAGGCAUCACGGGGUUUUUAAGGGUUUGGAUACGAGCGAAUAUUAGGGAUACAUUUUGAAGACUGGAGUCAAAAACUUAAUGCAAGAGUUUGAGGCAGCAGUGUUCCCCGAAGCCCAAGUUUUUAAUUAGUUUAGAAAUUUGUUGAACAUUCGUCUCCUAAAUGUUAUUCUCGCUGACCUCAAUUUUCUGUAUCCAGAAGAAAAUUAUAUAUAUAUAUAAUCUCCAUCCCUUUGGUUCUAGAAAAAUUAAUUCCUAAAAAAGGAAGUUUAUCAUACCCUCAAAGCUACCCAGACAAAGCAGGCACUUUGGGGAAAGAAAUGGUAAUGCUGGGGAACCAGGAGGCUUUGUGCAGCUUCUGGCAGUAACCAGGGUUAGCAAAUCUCCAUUCGGGCUGCUAAAGUGGGCUUUGGCUGCCCGAGUCCUCCAGCGUGAGCUAGAAGAGACGUCUCUAUGAUCAAUUAAACAUAGAGUGGGUCCUCUCUUCCCCGCCGGGCGGACGUGCACACGAGCUGUAAUUGCAGCACUGGAAAGAUGGCGGAGGAAGAGCAAAGAAAAAAGAUCCCUUUGGUUCCAGAAAAUCUCCUGAAAAAGAGGAAGGCUUAUCAGGCCCUCAAAGCUACCCAAGCAAAGCAGGCACUUUUGGCAAAGAAGGAGAGAAAAGGAAAAGAAUUCAGAUUUAAGCGACUGGAAUCAUUCCUACAUGAUUCCUGGCGGCAGAAACGUGACCACGUGCGCAUCAGACGACUAGAAGURAAACCUCAUGCUUUGGAAGUACCUGAUAAACAUUCCUUGGCCUUUGUUGUACGMAUCCAAAGGAUUGAUGGDGUGAGUUUACURGUGCAGAGGACCAUUGCAAGACUUCGUCUGAAGAAAAUAUUUAGUGGUGUCUUUGUUAAAGUCACCCCCAAAAGCCUAAAAAUGCUACGGAUAGUAGAACCUUACGUGACCUGGGGGUAAGUAAGGUUUUCUCUGUGAAUUCACAAUAGCUUAUAUUUCAGUGUGUGAGUGUGCACAAGAUAUUACUUUCAUGUCACUAUGUUGGAUAUUGAGUAUG